CGGCCACGCCUCUUUUAAAAACACACGCCCUCAAGUUCGCCUCCGGCUUUCUCAGAGCCUCCACUUGGAACAAGAAACGAGCGUUGCGAGACGGCGGCUCGUCGUCUACCUCUGAACUCGAGCAGAAACUUACAUUUGGAACUUCCUCCUCGGGCCAACUUUUAUUACUCCUAACUAUGGCCGAAAAGGUGGAGGAGGUCAAAUCGUACAACGACGGCGAGGACCCGCUGGCCAACGGCUCGUCCCGCAGCGGCGGCCGGUCCGCGGAGCCUCUCUCCCGGCGCGUGAGGCGGAUAGUGGAGGCCAACCUUCUGGUGAUCCUCACCGUGGCCGGCGUCAUCAUUGGCGUCUUCAUCGGUCUCGGCGUCCGUAACGUGGAGCUCUCCCGCACCCAAGUCAUCUACAUCGGUUUCCCCGGUGAGUUGCUCAUCCGCCUCCUCAAGAUGAUCAUCAUCCCCUUGGUGGUGUGCAGUCUGGUGUCUGGGGCGGCCAGUAUCGACCCCAAAGCCUUGGGCAAGCUGGGCGGAUGGGCCAUGCUCUUCUUCCUCGUGACCACGUUGAUCGCCUCGUCCAUCGGGGUUGUGAUGGCCUUCAUCAUCAAACCGGGUUCGGUGACGCUGACCAAACCUCAAGUGGCCGGUUUGGAUGACGGCGUGCCGGAACCCAAAGAGGUCAUCGAUUCCUUUUUAGACUUGAUUAGGAACAUCUUUCCCUCCAACUUGGUGUCUGCUGCCUUUCAGUCUUACGCGACAAGCUACAAGCUGGUGAGCACAAAUGGCACAAAUGGCAUCCCAAACAUCACGGUGGAGAAGGUUCCCUUUGGAACCGACCAGGAUGGGAUGAAUAUUCUGGGCCUGGUGGUGUUCGCUAUCGUGUUUGGUGUGGCCUUGAGAAAGUUGGGGGAGGAAGGCGAGAUCUUGAUUAAGUUCUUCAACUCCUUCAAUGAAGCCACCAUGGUGUUGGUGUCCUGGAUCAUGUGGUAUGCCCCCUUAGGUAUUAUGUUUCUUGUUGCUGGCAAGAUUGUUGAGAUGGAGGACGUCGGCACGCUUUUCGCAAGCCUGGGAAAGUACAUAACGUGCUGCAUUGUUGGGCACUGCAUCCAUGGCCUCAUUGUGUUGCCUGCGAUCUACUUCAUCAUCACGAGGAAGAACCCGUACACCUUCCUGUGGGGAAUAUUCACAGCUCUGACCACCGCCUUUGGAACGGCCUCCAGCUCCGCCACACUCCCCCUGAUGAUGAAGUGUGUGGAGGAAAAUAACGGUAUCUCCAAGCAGAUCAGCCGCUUCAUUCUUCCCAUUGGUGCCACGGUCAACAUGGACGGAGCCGCGUGCUUUCAGUGCGUGGCUGCCGUUUUCAUCGCCCAGCUGAACGACUAUUCCCUCAACUUCAUCCAAGUCAUUACCAUCCUCGUGACUGCCACGGCUUCAAGUGUUGGUGCCGCAGGAAUACCCGCUGGUGGGGUGUUGACUCUCGCUAUCAUCCUGGAGGCAGUCAGUUUACCCACCAACGAUAUCUCCCUCAUCUUGGCAGUUGACUGGCUGGUUGACCGUACAUGCACAGUACUGAACGUUGAGGGCGAUGCCUUCGGAGCAGGACUCUUGCAGUUCUUCGUAGACCGUACCUCCAAACGAGAGGAAGGAGCAGAGUUGGGCGAGGUCGUACCUGUCACGCUUGCCCCUGAACAUUCUCCGCUCAUUGAGAUAAAAAGUAAAGGACAAAAUGAUAACAACAAAAAUACACACCAGGAUACAGAAUCUGUCAUGUAAUCCAGUUCUGGACGUCACAUUUGACCUCAUUUAAACAUUACCGUUGAAUCCACAGACUCUGGACCAUCUAAAAAUGGUUUGCAGAGCAAGCAUGUACUUCAUGCAGCACAACAACAGUUAAUUUUUUAUUUUUAUUUUUAAUAUUGUCGCAUUUGGACAAGCUAUCUCAAAAUCAAUCUCUCGGGACAGUUCAUAGAAAUAUGUGAAUGUAGAAGACCAAUUUUUGCCUAAAAGGUUUGUUUCAAACUAUAGUAAUUUAUUGAAGGUCAAGUAGGAAUAUGUAUCUAUUGUACCUCUUUUACAAUUUAAAAAUCCUCUAUUUUGCUGUUGGACACUGCACCUGUAUGAGAUAAAUGGUGAUCGUCGUCACUUUUUAAUUGCGAUUAACAAAAAGGUUGAUGGCAGUUUAGCAUUGGGAGACUGCUUGCUUGUCUUCAUCUCAACCUGCUGUCUUCGCAUACUAUUCAGUAAUUGUGUAUAUCAUAUGUGCUUUGGUGGUUAUGUGGUCUAUGUUACAGAUUUUCCCCAUGUUCUACUCAUAACGUUGGCAAUAUCUAUUCCUUAGAGGAGUUUGGAGUUUUUAGCCUCAUCAAUUUCCCUCCGUGUGUACUUUGCUAAACUAGCAUCAGGACUGUAAACCAGUCAACCUUUAGCUCGACACUACUACGUUGGUAACAUAACUUAUUUGUAAUAGUGUUCCUAUCACACUAAAUUUCUGGGUUGUAAGUUUUACUUUUUUGGAAUGUAUAAUCAAAACAAAUAAGGUGCUAAACAUACCGUGCUAAGCUAGCAUUAGCACUGAAAAAAUGGUAAAUAAUACCUAGCCACAGCUGCUACGUUGGUAGGAUUACUUAUUUGUUAUUAUAACAUGAAAUUUUGUCAUUUUAUUACUUUUUUUAUCAAUUAAAAAGGGAAUAUAAGUGAUAAAGGUAAUUAAAAAUGAAACGUGAGCAGACAAUUUGCUAAUUCUGCUUCACUUCUGAAUUCUCUCAGCCUUUGCUGCUUCUCUUCAUUAUUAUGCCCAUCAGACGAGAGUUCUUCACAGAUUAUUUAAAAAUGAUUCAGAAAAGCUCUUGAAGCCCAAGCUAACAGGGCAGUGGUAGGCUGAGAAGUGGACGUGUGAGUGUCCAGCUGUUAUUCCACCUAAAAGAAAAAAAAAUUGUAAUCUCAUCUUUAAUGGUUGAUAUUUGCCUUGUUGGAAUUGUGAACAUUGAUUUAAAUAGGAUGGGAAUAUGUCUGUAUUCUGAACUCCCUUUUUUAUGCAAUACUGGAGGUCUCUGCCCAAAGUUAAAAUCAAAACGGUUUUAAAACGGGAAACUACUGUUUAUCUUACUCAUUCCAUAGCAUGCCUCAACAAGGAUAGUAUUCAUUUGUAAUUGCAAGUGUCAUUUUCAAAGUAGAUGUCUGUCAUAGUACCAAGACAAAGCAGUGGGUGGCCCCACAGUAGCACAAAGCAUCCAGCUUGAUGAAUAAUUUAAAAAAGAAGCCAAGCUAAUUCUCACAACGAGCCUCUGGUCACUUUCUGAUUGGUUAUCGUGUUGUUUCACGUCACAACUAAAGAUUCUGUGGCCAUCGAUAUUUCUGUUAACUAUAUAUGAACAUUUGUCGUUUUAAAUUUACCAUUGUCUGCGCCCCGUUUUUUUUAAUGUUUUUGUUUUAGGGGAAAAACACUCAACGCAGCCCAUAACACAAAAAAAUCACUUAGGAUACUAUACAUUAAUCCGUCAUUUGUUGACUUUGAUCGGGAGGUAACAAUGCUGAAAUUUGGCCCGAUGAGCGGUAUGUGGGCACCACGCUUAGAAGUACUAUGGUCAUUUAAGAGGGAAUCAAAAGCACCUCUGUUGGAUUCAAUCAACUAGUACUCUUUUCAAUGGUGUAAAGUGUCAAUAAGCAAUGUAUUGAUCACUUUGUUUCUGCCCUCAACGUUUCCUCACGUACAACAAAAGUGAACAAUAGCACUAAAUUUGUAUACGUGCUCAUGUACCAAAGCCGAAAUACAUUGGAUUUAAAAAUUGGACCAUGAUGCUACUACAUUUCAGGUUGAUCUCUCCCUUUGUUUCUGCUUUUGAGCAAAAAUCUUAACUACAUGAGGGAGGUUGCUUUAUUUAUUUUUGCCACCCAAAGAAAUGCAUUUGCUUUUUUUUUUUUUUUUUUUUUUUUAGCCCAAAGAAAGCAAGCACAAAUGCUUGACAAUCUUAACACCCAGUUGUACAUGUCUGACGACGUAUGAGCGUCAAAGUCUGAAAGACUAAAAAGUAAGGCUUUUGUAUAUCUUUAAUCAAAAAUGCAGACUUCUUCCCUCCAGUUUGUGUAUACACACGUGUGUAGUGUGUGUACAAGUAUAUAUCUCAUCUGUUCUCAUGUCAAGGACUCAUUGGGUGCUUCCUCUUGGUUCCAGGUCUUUGAUCCCUCCUUUUUUGCGUCUAAAAUACAGUCUUUGUAGGAGCACACCAUUCGUCACACUAGUUUUUCUUUAAUUUCUGUGGUUAUCUUUUAAAAUUGGGAGAUGUCAGGGAAGUGAGUUAAUAGCUAAAUAAACUGCCACACCAUCCGUUAACUAGUUUAUAUUUAAAAUGGUAAAUGCUUGGUACGAAUGUGUCCACUGGUUGCUGUCAAUAAUAUGGAAUCAAUUCUGUGUAUUUUAUAUAUGUGCACAAGGGGAAAGUCAGUCUUUUCAGUUUUAAACAAUAAAUGCUUUUUCAAAAUUUUG